AUGACUGCUACCAGAUUAGAAGAUCUACCAAAUGAACUGUGGUUAGAACUUUUCGUCUAUUUCACAUGGUUUGAACUAAAUUCAACAUGGCUUCAAUGGAAACUUAAUAAUCGCAUACAAUUGUUAGCUCAAAUAGCACAGAAUCGAGUUGCUUUGUCACUCUCAUCGAUGUCGUUUAUAACGUAUGGUGAAUGGCUGCAUUAUUUUGAACAUGAACAUCCAAUAAUAGCUCAUCGUAUAACUUCUCUUCUGCUCAAUGAAUCAAUUAUAUCGAAUGAAAUUAUUAGUCGGUGGCUUGAAAAUGAGAAAUCUUUUCUUCCACGUAUUCGAAAAUGUACUGUCUAUGUCGAUCUUAUCAAUAGAUCUGCUCGAAUAAAUAUUAUCCUACUCAUUUGUCGACAUGCAUUGACUUUACGUCAUAUUGUGUUUUAUUUUAAUGAAAUCGAUAGAUAUUACGUGAUAAUGAAAAAGGUCAUCGAAGAACGUAUUUCUCUGCAUACAAUGCAAUUCAUCAUGAUUAAAGGUAAAGAAAUGUUUUUUGUUGAAGUUGCUGAUGAUCGAAUAUUUCGAGUUAAGUAG